AUCACCAAAUCCAAACAAUAAAGAACUGUCUACUUCAGAUGGUUUGAAAUGCCUCUUAUUGAAAACAGAUGCUAUUAGGUCAAAACAUUUAUGUUAAAAACUAACUUGUUAUUCUCGCUGUGAAUGGUCUUAAGUGAUUUGUUUGGAUUUUUACAAAAUCUAAGUCAGUUUCCUCAAGUUUCAGAUAAAGAAUGGCUCAUUCUCGUUCAGCACGGGACUUUGUUGCACUUUCAGAUCUGCAUCCAAACCUUGCUCGUCCUAAUGUAAUCGGGGUGGUUAUUGGGAAAACAGAUGUCAGAAGCUUUCCAGACCGAAAAAACAUUGGGACUGAAAGAUACACCUUCAGUUUUACCAUUCGUGAUUCCCCAACUUAUUUCAUAAAUGUCCAGUCAUGGGGCAGAGAAGAAUACAUCAGAUCCCUCUCAGAAAGCUUCAGAGUUGGUGACUGUGUAACAAUUGAAAAUCCUUUAAUUCAGUCAAAGGAAGCAGAAAGAGAAGAAAAAUUCAACCCUGUAACUCCUAGUUGCUACAAAUUAUUGCUCAGUGAAAAUCACUCCGUGGUCAAAACCUCUUCUUGCUACGACACAGACACCAGACUCCUGUCUCUGCUGCACCUGCCUGUCAAGGACCCUCAGGAUUAUUAUUCCCUGGGGGACAUCGUGGCAAAUGGACAAAGCCUCCAUGGGAGAGUCCUCAACGUGCUGGCAGCUGUAAUGUCAGUUGGGGAGCCAAAGUAUUUUAUGACUUCAGACAAAAGAAAAGGACAGAGGUGUGAAGUAAAGCUGUACGAUGAGACAGAGAGGUCUUUCCCAAUAGUAUGCUGGGAUAAUGAAUCCAUCCAGCUGGCACAGAGUUGGAUCCCCCAAGAAACAGUUAUAUUCGCAUCAGAUGUGAGAAUCAAUUUUGACAAAUUUAGGAACUGCAUGACUGCAACUGUGAUAUCCAAAACCAUCAUUACAACUAACCCAGAAACAGCAGAAGCAAAUGUUCUCUUCAGCUUCAUCAAAGAGAGUGCCCAGGCAGGAGUUCUGCCCAACCCAGCGAAGGAGCUGGCAAAUGAAACCAUUAACUUGGAGACUGUAGUGGAUGUUUAUACAGUAGAACAGCUGAAAGAAAAAGCUCUCCAGAGUGAUGGGAAACUGGACCCUCUCCAUGGAAUUAUUUACGGCUACAUUUCCACCCUGGACAUCGAUGAGAACGUGUCCAAAGUUCUGCGCAACAGAUGCUCAAUCUGCCGGUUCAUCGUGAAUGAAGUGUCAAACACUUGCACCUUCUGCAGUGAUGUCUCUCCACAGUGCAAGUCCACCUUUGCCAGCUUUGACAUCCUGGUGGAUGUGACAGAUCACACAGGCACCCUGCGUUCCUGCUACCUGUCUGACUGCAUAGCUGAGGAAACCUUGGGCUGCACAGUCCAUGAAUUCCUCAUGCUGGAAGAAGACCAGAAGACUGCACUGAAAUGGCAACUCCUCUUGGAACGAAGCAAGAUUUAUUUCAAAGUUACUUUGUCACCCAACUGGAGAACUGGAUUAAAAGUGAAUCUUCUUUCCUGCAAACUGGCAGAUCCUGUAGAGGCGAGUCAGAGCGUGUUGGGAAGAGAUUGGAAAUAUUAAUAAAUGGUAGGAAAGAAUUCCUUCACGCUGUUGUUAGAGAUGGAAUUCUGCUGCUGUUGGAUUUUGCCAAGUCUGUUCUGAUGGUAAAGAAGGAGUGCACGUUACAAUACCUCUAAGUGGGCUUCUGAGUUCAUAUUUUUGGGUGAUGGCACUUUUAAAAGUGUACUUGGGCCUCAGCUUAAAAGUUAAUUCUACCAAAUUCAACCCCUUCCAAGAGGGCUGGAAGGUUUCCUCACUCAGCUGAGAUCUUUGAAAAAAUCAGAAAUAACAAAUAGGUCAAGACAGAUCUGCUGAGCUUCUGUGGUUUUAACUGCUUUGCUGCUUUUUUGUUAAAGAAAUAAAGAAUUCCCCCUUGAAA